AUGCGGGCUAUAGACCCAGUACCCGUUAACCAAAAGUCCGGUGUCACCUACCGCAUCGACUGCCUUUAUAGUCAAGCCAAUUAUGUUGGUGAAACCGGCAAACGGGUUCUCACAAGAAUGCACCAGCACGAACUCGCCGUGGGACGGAAAGACAAGAAUUCUUUAAGUGGCCGCUCACGCAUCCAUGCCGAGGCACGACUUCGAUUUCGAACACCUGCGAAUACUGGGUCAGUCAGACGACCGAACUUCACGCCGCUUGCUGGAGGCAUGGCACUCACACGCGGACUCUAUCAAUAG